UAGCCAUUCGAAAAAAAUAAAAUACAAACAUUUCGAACGAUUCGCCGAUUUAAUUUGCUUAAACCGAAACACAAAAGUGCCUGCCGUAAAAAAGAAAUAAUCCAUAUAAUCGGGGAAAACAGCUGUGUUUGUGAAAAGCAAAGGAAAGGAUAACGAAACAGUGAAACGGUGAAGGAAACGAAUAAGAUUGAUUUUGCGCUACUUUUGCGGAAAAGCAUCGCGCGUAAAUUUUCAGAGGCCCCGUGGAGCCACGCGUGUGUGUGUGUGGGUGUGAUCAAACAUAAAUAAUGUGCAAUUACGGGUCAGUAACCCAAACAAAGCAGUGAUAAGAGGCCAAGAUAGUCCUUGAGUAAAUGCAGUGGCGAAGGAGUAGGAAAACAAAGAGAGCAAGAGAAACGAAAAUGUAAAAUUUUAAUGCCAAAUACAAAUUAGAGGGAAUCUCCUUAUAAAUAUCUGUGUUUACACAUAAAUCCGCAAAUGGAUGUGCGAAUGAAUCUCAAUGAACAAUCGAAUUGAAUGAAAAGGCGCAGCGGAAAUUGAAACCAAGGAAGGAAAAGCAAGGAAAGCAAGUGAAAGGAUAUGCCUCAAAGCUGAUCGAUUGACCGAGUAAAUGCUACAGGAUGUCGGCCAAGCACAUCGAGCAGUAUACGAAUCCCUCCUUCGAGCAGGAGUCCGACCCUCCGCCUCCGUCUGUGGUGGGAGCAGGCACCGCCAGCAGCAGCAGCAAUAGCAACAAUGCAAACAAUGCCAUCGACACCGGCACGACACAUCGCAAAGGUCACAGGCGGCAGGAAUCGAUGUACCAGAUGACCGGCCUCUACUCGGAGACGAAUAGCGGCGACGAUAGCAGCGUAGAUGCGGCCCUCGAUCAGGACCAUCAAGCUCACCUCGCCGGCGAUCGUGAUGGGACGGGAACGGGAACGGGAGGAGCCACACAAGUGGGUAUGGACAGUGUGACUGUCAAAUGCCACAGCCGCCAGGCAUCGGCGGGUAAAUGCCCGGUGGAACAGGAUGAGGACUACGACGAGGAGCAGUUCCGUUCCGGUGACUGCGGUAUCCUAAACUGCCGGCCAUAUGGCAUCCAGAGAUUCGCCCGCAUCAAAAUCUUUGUGCUGCUGCUAUCGCUGCUGGUGAUGAUGCAGCAGGCCCUCAGCUCGGGCUACAUCAACUCGGUGAUCACCACCAUCGAAAAGCGGUUUGAGAUCCCCUCCAGCUACUCGGGUUUGAUAGCCUCCAGCUAUGAGAUCGGCAAUGUAAUCACGGUGAUCUUCGUCAGCUAUCUGGGUAGCAGGCGACACAUUCCCGUGUGGAUAGGCAUUGGGGCGGUGAUCAUGGGCAUUGGAUCGCUGGUGUUCAUGGUGCCACAUUUUACGGGAGAGCCCAACCCGGGCAUUGCAAUCAUGAACAAGACCAGCGACAAUAUCUGCAGGAGCGCUUUGGUCCGGGAUCAGGACAUGGACCUGGGCCGCCUGUCUAGCGGCCUCUCCCAUCAGCCUCUGGCGCCGCACACCUUGCGGGAGGAUAACUGUCUGGAGGGCAAGGCCUCCACCACAGGACCAGUGCUGCUCUUUGUGCUCGCCCAGCUGCUUCUCGGCUGCGGCGGCAGCCCGCUCUUCACUCUGGGCACCACCUACGUGGACGACCACGUGCGAACCGAGAGUUCUUCAAUGUACAUUGGUUGCAUGUACAGCAUGGGCGCCUUUGGUCCGGUGGUUGGGUUCCUGCUGGGUGCUUAUUUGCUAUCCUUUCACAUGGACUCGCUGGGCUCCACCACAAUAUCCAUUACUCCCGGCGACCGCCGUUGGGUGGGCAUGUGGUGGGGUGGUUUCCUGCUGUGCGGCGUGAUCCUUCUAGUGGUGGCCGUGCCCUUCUUCUCCUUCCCCAAGGUGCUCGCCCGCGAGAAGAAAAAGAUCCGUAAGAGCAGCGUGGUCCAGCCUGUGCUGCCCAAUAACUCGGGUGCCGUGGCAGCCACCGAUGAAAUGGGCAAGGUAAAGAAGCUGGAGAUCGUGGCCGUGACUAGCAAGGAGGAUCAAUCGCAGCCGCCGCCCAAGGUUGACACUGGCUACGGCAAGGACAUCAAGGACAUACCGCAGUCGAUGCUGCGCCUGGUGAAGAAUCCCGUGUACAUUGUGACCUGUUUGGGUGCUUGCAUGGAGCUGAUGAUUGUCUCUGGCUUCGUGGUCUUCCUGCCCAAAUACCUGGAGACGCAGUUCAGCCUGGGCAAGAGUCAGGCGAAUAUCUUUACCGGCUCGAUAGCUGUGCCUGGAGCCUGCAUUGGCAUCUUCCUGGGUGGCUGCAUUUUGAAGCGAUUCCAAUUGAAGCCCAAGGGCGCCGUCCAGUUUGUGCUAAUUACCAACGUCAUCUGUCUGGCCUGCUAUGCCAUGUUGUUCUUUCUGGGCUGUGACAACCUCAAGAUGGCCGGCACAACGAUUCCCUAUUACACCAGCAACAAGCAGGGAUCCACGAUCGAGCAGCCCUUCCAGGUGAACCUGACGGCCGCCUGUAACUUUGGCUGCGAGUGCUUGCAAAGCGAGGUGGAGCCGGUGUGCGGCAACAAUGGGCUGACCUACUUCAGUCCCUGCCAUGCCGGAUGCACGGCUUUCUCCUCCAGCUCCAACUACACCAACUGUGCAUGUGUUCACGCCAACAUCUCGAGCAGCAUUUAUCGGGGCGCUGGCGGUAGCCAGGCCCAGGCUCUCAGUGCCAAUGAGGACUUUGCCGAGGUGACGGUGGUGCCGGUGGCCACUGCUGGCCCUUGUGCCACACCCUGCCGCACCAUUUAUCCCUUCCUCAUACUCCUCUUCUUCAUGACCUUUGUGGUGGCCUCCACGCAGAUGCCGCUGCUCAUGAUCGUGUUGCGUUCGGUGUCCGAGGAGGAGCGCUCCUUUGCCCUGGGCAUGCAGUUUGUUAUAUUUCGUCUGUUUGGUUAUAUACCCGCCCCCAUACUCUUUGGUAAUCUCAUUGACUCCACCUGCCUGCUGUGGAAGUCGGCUUGUGGCGAGAAAGGAGGCCGUUGUCUUAUAUACGAUAUUGAAAAGUUUCGAUACAAAUAUGUGGGUCUCUGUGCAUCUGUAAAGCUGGUGGCCUUGUGCAUCUUCAUUGUGGACUGGUGGUUAGUGCGCAGGCGCAAACAGCUCGAGAAAAUGAAGCCACUGAAUGCCAGCGAUCCUAUAAUUGGUUCUAUUAUAAGUCUGGACAAAUUAUUUGAAGAGAAGCUUUCUGGCGCCGAGCCAGCAACUGGGUUUGUGGGAGGCGGCGGAGAGCUGAUCAUACCCACAGACAUACUGCGUCACUCCCGCAACGAUUCACGCACCAUGCAGAUGGAUUACUGUUACGACAAGUGCGGCCAUGUGGUGACGCCGGCCAACACCUGCAACCUGCAGCCGCAGACCAAGUCCAAAAAGCACUUCCGCAGCGCCUCUUGCGAUGUAAAGAUGAUCAAGAGCUUUGCCCGCGAUCACAACUCGUCUAGCGGCCCGGCGGAUGCUGCUGGUCAGGAGGCCAGCGGUAGCGCUAGCAAUAGUAAAUACAAGAAUCUCAAAAAGUUCCAGGCGCACACGCGCAACCAUUCGACGGAUCUGCACGACAACAGCCAGCCCAUUCGAUACAUUCAGAAUCAGCUGCGGCCGCAGGACUGUGCCGAGGAGGAGGACGACGACGAGCUGACCACCGGCUGUGGGCACUUUGUCAAGAAGCAUUCCCGCAAUCAUAGCUACGAUCAGAUCUACAUGCCCAACAACAUACGCUUCGAUGCAGACUUCCUGCGCCACCCACAUCCCCAUCACAAUCCCAAGAAGAAUGUGAAUGUGCUGAAGAAUGUGGUGACGGAGGCGGGCAAGCUGAAGAACUCCAAUGAAAUGGAAGCCGGCGGAGGGGGAUCAUCAUCCCGCGGUCAUUCGCGCAAUAACUCCAAGGAUUUAAACACCAAAAUUCCUAGUGUUACUCCUGUGAACCUUGUGGCUGGACAGGCAGCAUUAGCAACGGAUGCUACAGGUCUGAGUGUGCUGCGGCAUCGUCGCACCAACUCCAAGGAUCUUAACAACCAAAUGCUGCCGGAGGAUGCUCCGGCCAGCUCAACAGUGGCCGGUCAUCCGCAUUCAACGCAGCAGCACACGCGAAACACGUCGCACCACAAGAUCCAGAUCGAUGACGAUCGGAACGAGCUCAUUACCGACAACGACGACGAGGAAGAGGAGGAGCGCUCAGCCAGGGCUUAGUGUAAAUGAUCUUUAAACUAGGAUAGGCAGCGCCAUUCCUCUUUCCUGGUGUCCUCUCAGCUGCUCAUUGUACUUACCUACGACCGAGUGUUCAAAAUCUACUUUCCUGAAUAUAUAAACCUUUUUGGAUGCAAACCGAAUUCGAAACCGAAGCCAGUCCGACACGAACACGAAUUCCCGCUGCUUGCAGAUCGUAUUUAGGCGGUAGUAGUAAGGCCUCUUAGUGAGCAACUAGCAGCAUAUACUUUAGGCUAGCCGUAGAUUGUUGUGAUAGGAAUAUUUUGUACUGUAUUUUUAGGUGGAGUGAAAGGUUCUCGAACUGAUCGGAUUUGUUUCGCUUUUCACUUUGUGCAAUCUCGGUUUCAGAACCGCGGUGAAAGACAGAAUCAAGAGGAAGAGAAUUCCAAGAGAGGUGAAUAGCAAAUUGCAAUGUUUUAAUAAUAAACCGAACAUGUAAACAAUUGUCAA